AUGAGUCAUUCGAAUUUGAAGUUACGUUUAAUCAGUACUAGAAAUCAUAAUGGGCGCAACUAUAAUUUGCCUUCAGCGCCUGAGGUUGCAGCACUUAUCAUAGGUGAUGUUGAUAUAAAUUUUUGUAGAAGAGAUAUUAUAGUUCAUGAGUUGUCGGGUUAUCCUCAGCGGAUUGAUGAGUUACAUCCAUCUUAUCUAGCUCUUCAAUAUCCAUUAUUGUUUCCGAGGGGUGAAGAUGGUUAUAGAGAUAAUAUUGAACAUCGUGAAGAGACUCUUAGCAAGACCAAAAAGAAGAAGAUGCUUAGCAUGAGAGAGUAUUUUGCAUAUAGACUAAUGUUUAGGGAGAACGAAAUUUCAACAUUGCUACAUGCAGGAAAUUUAUUCCAGCAGUUCAUAGUGGAUGGAUACACAAUGAUUGAGUCUCAAAGGUUGUUAUGGGUCAGAACACACCAGAAGGAGCUUAGAGCAUACCUAUACCAAGGGUUAAUAGAUGCUUUAUUAAGUGGUGAAAGAAAUGCCUCAUCAAUUGGGAAACGUGUCAUUUUGCCUUCCUCUUUUACUGGUGGUGCACGAUAUAUGUUGGGUAAUUAUCAGGAUGCUAUGGCUCUUUGCAGAUAUUUUGGUUAUCCUAGUAUAUUCAUUACUUUUACAUGUAAUCCAGCGUGGCCUGAAAUCACAAGAUAUUGUGAUGGGCUUUCGUUGUCUUCAUCUAAUAGGCCAGACAUAUUGUCUCGUGUGUUUCAUAUGAAACUCAAGGCUCUAAUGUCAACAGUUAAGAAGGAAAAGAUAUUUGGUAAAGUACUAGCAGAUGUUUACACUACAGAGUUUCAAAAAAGAGGGCUACCACAUGCACACAUUUUGUUAUUUCUUGAUAAAAAUGAUCAACUAAAAGAACCGACUGAUAUUGAUAAAGUUAUAUCUGCUGAAAUACCUGAUAGGCACUCAAACCCUGGGUUAUAUGACUUAGUUAAAAGGUUCAUGGUUCAUGGCCCAUGUGGUCAUUUGAAUAGAAAGUCACCUUGCAUGAAGGACAACAAAUGUUCGAAGUACUUUCCUAAGAAGUUUGUUGCCACCACAACAAUUGAUGAUGAUGGGUAUCCUACGUAUAGAAGAAGAGAUGAUGGGAGGACAAUAGAAGUAAAAGGUAUUCCUUUGGAUAAUCGUUUUGUUGUCCCAUACAAUUCAUUUUUAUUGUCCAUAUUUCAAGCUCAUAUUAAUGUUGAGAAGUGCAAUCAAUCCUCUGCUAUUAAAUACUUAUUUAAGUAUAUCAGUAAAGGGCACGAUAGGGUGGUAGCAUCUAUAUAUGAAGGCAGUCAAGAAGGAAGUAGUGAUUGUACGGCUGAUGAGAUUCAUCAGUAUUACAACUUCAGAUACAUUUCUGCUUGUGAAGCUGCUUGGAGAAUUUUUGCCUUUGAGAUUCAUCAUAGAUAUCCUGCUGUUGAAAGAUUGAGCUUCCAUUUGCCAAAUCAGCAAUAUGUCGUAUAUUCUAACAAUGAUGAUGUUGCAGACUUGAUUGAGAAGCCUAGGAGCUGCAUGUCAUGCACUGGGGUGUUAGAUGAUGAUAAUGAGUACAUAAAUGGUAUAAAGGAGGCCUCAUUGUGGGCAUCUGGUUCAAUGUUGAGAAAGAUGUUUGUAAGCAUGUUACUUUCUUCAUCAUUGAGUCGUCCUGAGUUUGUUUGGGAGCAGACAUCCAAGGUUUUGUCGGAGGAUUUAUUGUUUAUCUCACGGGAUGAUCCUAUGUCAUCAAGCGUGUUUAUAUCUGACAGAGAUAGAGAGGAAGCAGCAUUAAAAGAGAUUGAAUUGUUGUUGCAGCAUAAUGGAAAGAGUCUUAUUGAUUAUCCUUCUCUGCCAUUUCCUUCAUCAGUCCCUUUAAUUGAUGUGAGAAAUUAUCUUAUUUUGCAAGAAUUAAAUUAUGAUCGCGAUGCCUUAAGUCUAGAAUCAAGAAGGCUCAUCUGUUUGUUGAAUUUGGAUCAAAGAAAAGUUUUUGACAUCGUGAUGUCAGCAUUGAACUCUUUGCAUGGAGCCUUUUUUUUUGUAUAUGGUUUUGGAGGCACAGGGAAAACAUUUUUGUGGAAUGCGUUGACAUCAACUAUCCGUUCUCGAGGUGAUAUUGUUCUAACAGUGGCAUCAAGUGGUAUAGCUGCAACUUUAUUACCCUCUGGAAGAACUGCUCACUCAAGGUUUGCAAUUCCUCUUCAAGUCAAUGAAGAUUCUGUGUGCAAUAUUAAACAAAAUUCUCCACUGGCUAAUUUACUUCAAGUCACGAAGCUGAUUAUAUGGGAUGAAGCUCCGAUGGUUCAACGAUAUUGCAUUGAAGCAUUUGAUCGUACGUUGAAGGAUAUAAUGCAUUUUGAUCAUCCCUUUGGUGGAAAAUGUGUUGUUAUGGGUGGUGAUUUUCGGCAAAUUCUUCCUGUGAUUCCCAAAGGGUCAAGAGCAGACAUCAUUAAUGCUUGCAUUUGUUCUUCGUAUUUGUGGGAUUAUUGCACGAUAUUUCAAUUGACAGUUAAUAUGCGCUUGCAAUCAUCAUCAUCGGGAGAGGAUCGUACUCGUACCCAAAAGUUUUGUCAAUGGCUUUUAGAUGUAGGUGAUGGUAAAUUGGGUAUGCCGCAUGAUGAAACUGCAGAAAUUGAGAUACCUUCUGAACUAUUGAUUAGUGAAUAUGAUGACCCAAUUGGUGCCAUUGUCUCGUCUACAUAUGCAGAUCUUUUGGAAAAUUUGAACGAUAAUUCCUAUUUCAAUGAUCGCGCAAUUUUAGCACCAACAAUUGAUGCUGUGAAUCGAAUCAAUGAGUACAUGUGUUCGAUUUUGCCUGGUGAAUCUGUUGAUUUUUAUAGUUGCGACUCCAUUUGCAAAUCCUCUCAGGAUGGCGAUUGUAUUGAAGACAUGUACACUACUGAGUUUUUGAAUACAAUAAAUUGUUCCGGGAUGCCUAUGCAUAAGUUGACCUUAAAGAUUGGGACACCUAUUAUGCUUCUGAGGAACAUUGACCAAGCUUCAGGGUUAUGCAAUGGAACAAGAUUACGGGUUACUCAGCUAGGAAAAUCAAUAAUUGAGGCAGUCACUUUGAAUGGCUCGAUGCCGAAUCAGAAGGUGUUGAUACAUCGCAUGGACAUGAAUCCCUCUGAUAGUCGGCUGCCAUUUCGUAUGAGACGAAGGCAGUUCCCAAUAUCUGUUUCAUUUGCGAUGACUAUAAAUAAAAGUCAAGGUCAGUCAUUGCAGUGUGUUGGAUUAUACUUGCCGAAACCCGUUUUUACGCAUGGGCAAUUAUAUGUUGCGCUAUCUAGAGUUAAAUCUAUUGACGGGUUGAAGAUUCUCUUGCACAAUGAUGAGAGUGGGAAGAAGAAGUUGACAAUGAACGUUGUAUACAGGGAAGUGUUCCUUAAUGCAAAUAUUAGAUGCUGA